CAGAAGCUUGGGUGUAAGACGCAGAGCAUAUCAUGUUGAAGAUGAGCGGGUGGCAGCGACAAAGCCAAAGUCAGUUCCGGAACCUAAGGAGAAAGUGUUCCAGAAGGAAGUGUAUCUUCAUACAUCACCACACCUGAAAAACCUGAUCCAACUGCAGAGAUGGCAGCUGAGUCAUUGCCUUUCUCCUUCGGGACGGUGUCCAGCUGGGAGCUGGAAGCCUGGUAUGAGGAUCUGCAGGAGGUUCUGUCUUCAGAUGAAAAUGGGGGUACUUAUAUCUCACCCCCUAGAAACGAAGAGGAAGAAUCAAAAACCUUCACCACUCUUAACCCUGCGUCUCUGGCUUGGCUGGCUGGGGAGCCAGGUCCAGCAGAAGUCACAAGCAUCUCCCAGAGUCCUCGCUCUCCAGACUCCAGUCAGAGCUCCCUGGCUCAGGAAGAAGAGGAGGAAGACCAAGGAAAAACUAGGAAACGGAAACACAGUGGCCAGUGGCCAGCCCGGGCUGGAAAGCAACGCAUGAAGGAAAAAGAACAAGAGAAUGAAAGGAAAGUGGCACAGCUAACUGAAGAAAAUGAACGGCUCAAGCAGGAAAUAGAGCGCCUGACUCAGGAAGUAGAAGCCACACGCCGUGCUCUAAUUGACCGAAUGGUUAAUCUACACCAAGCCUGAACAAUUGGAACCAUCACUCCCCAACUGGGGCCACUACCUACCUUACCCUGAAGUGGCUACUGACCACUUUCACAACAGUGUCAAUGAUGUGAUCUUCAACACAUGUCCAGUAGGGGGAAGGAUUGGGGGAGACAAAAGCAAAGGGUCUCAGCUUAUAUAUAGAGAUAAUACAUUUAUUUAUUAACUGUCCAUAUCCAUUAAAGACUUUCUAUGAGCCA